AUGGCAACCGAGAUGGUGGGAGGCCAAAGUGACGAUGUUCACCAGGCUCCAGCCUAUACCCCGACCGCACCCAUGAACGAUUACGUCCUCCCAGAAUUACGCUUGAAGCGCAAGAUGGCCGAUCCGGAGAAAACCCCGUUAUUGCUGGUCGCGUGUGGUUCAUUCUCACCCAUUACCUAUUUACAUCUACGCAUGUUCGAAAUGGCCGCCGAUUACGUUAAAUUUAGCACCGAGUUUGAACUGCUCGGUGGAUACCUGUCUCCCGUAUCGGAUUCCUAUCGCAAGGCUGGUUUGGCCACCGCAGACCACCGUGUCGCGAUGUGUCAAUUGGCCGUUGAUCAAACAUCAGAUUGGCUCAUGGUCGAUACAUGGGAGCCCAUGCAGAAGAAAUACCAGCCGACCGCUCUCGUCUUAGACCACUUCGAUCACGAAAUUAAUACCGUUCGGGGUGGUGUUGAGGCUGCAGAUGGAACACGGAAGCCCGUUCGCAUUGCCCUGCUCGCGGGUGCUGAUUUAAUUCAUACCAUGUCUACACCCGGUGUUUGGAGCCAGAAGGAUCUGGAUCAUAUCCUCGGCAAAUAUGGCUCUUUCAUCGUGGAGCGCAGUGGCACUGAUAUUGAUGAGGCCUUGGCCAGCUUACAACCAUGGAAAGAUAAUAUCUAUGUCAUCCAGCAACUGAUCCAAAAUGACGUUAGUAGCACCAAGAUUCGACUCUUCUUGCGACGCGAGAUGAGUGUGCGCUAUCUGAUCCCCGUCCCCGUCAUUCAUUAUAUUGAGCAACAUCAUCUCUACGAAGACGAUGGGACAUCCAACGAAAAGGGCAAGGAGAGGCAAGAUGCGGGCAAAUCAGGGUGA